AUGUAUCGUAAUAACAGAAUUGAUGCCUUGGUGCUAUUUGAAUCUUCUCAUGAGGAAGCACUCCUGGUCACUAGUGGUCUGGUUCUUUACUCUGGUGAUAUGCUGGCUAUUUCCCUUUUCAAAGGUGUUUCUUUUCUUUGGAGUAUUAUUCUGUCAUCCUUAUUGUUCAUGGAACAUGCUUUUGUUGAAUAUGGAACUAAAAGUGAAAUUCACAUGGUUUUGCAGGGAAUGUUACUUGGGAUUCUCCUUUUCCCUUCAUUUUACAAAUCUGUCCUAUACGUUGGAUGUCUUCUAACAAGUUCAAACAAGUCUGGAGCUCAGCUAGGGAGAGGAUGGGCAUAUGUAGGGAUCAGCAGAUCUAUGGUGUUUUACUUUUCUCUGAUAGCCAUGUUGAUUCUGAUUGUUCCGGCAUGGAUGAUGUUUGCUAGAGGGACUUUCUAUAUCCAUCCUUUACAGUGGUAUGCUUCUUUUGAAUUUGUCGAACCCCUUAAGCGAACAACAUUAUGUAUUUACUGGAUAUCUGUGAUUUGUGCAUCUGUUUUCCGCUUUUACAAUAUUUCAAAACAAAGCAAGAUAGAGAGGAUUCUUCUUCGGAAGUAUUACCAUCUGCGGCUGUGCUUGUCCAACUUUUCUGGAUCUCGAUUUGGUGCUGCUUUGGCAGUUUUCCUUGAUAAUGGAAAUGAUUCGACUUUCGAUCGCAUGGUUUGGGCAAAUCGCCUUUGGGUCAUAUUGUCAUGCGUGAGAUUCAUGAACGCUUCUUUACUCGAUCACCGUGACUCCAGAGAUUCUUGUCAUCAGGCUUCAUUUUUCUCUUCCACUGGCGCCUGUGCCCUCCCAAAAUGGAUGAGCUCUGGACAUAAUGAUAGUAGCGGCUUGGUUCCUUUUGCUGGUAUCUUAAGCUUAGGAGUGGGGACACAAAUGGCUUCUAUGGUUGGCCACAAGUAUGGUGUUCUCAGGUGGAGCAAAACUGGCAGUGAAAAAACUAUCGAAGGUACAGUUGCUGGCAUAGCAUCUGUCUUGGUGGCAUGUUUUGUUCUCCUACAUCUUGCAUCCGCUGGCUGCUAUACUUCGCAGCACUGGGUGCCAUUGCUUCUGGCAGUAAACAUUGAGUGGCUUAUUGGAGGCGAUACUGCACAGCUUGAUAAUGCCUUUAUUCUUGUAUUCUACAGCCUUCUCUGCCUGUAA